ACGGCAGCAGCGAGCGAGCGGGCUUGGUCGGUAGUGUCGGAGGCUGACUGCCUGUGACAGCGGUUGUUAUAGCGCGUUAAUAACUGCGCACUCUCUAACACACUUGCGCUGAAUUAGUGGAUCGCUGAGCGGAUUUUAGAGCGGUCCGGGGGGCCGCGUUAGCUCAGUCCGGAGGCCUGUAAGAGAAGCGCGGAGUGUGAGAGAGUGCGUGUGAGUGAGUACGGGAGUGCGGCGCGGCGCGGCCCCGAUGGCUGGCUGGAAGGACGGCGCGGUGCAGGAGAAGUAUCGGCUCGUCGUGGUCGGAGGCGGCGGGGUUGGAAAAUCCGCUUUAACCAUUCAGUUCAUUCAGUCUUACUUCGUCACCGACUAUGAUCCCACGAUCGAAGACUCCUACACGAAGCAGUGUGUGAUCGACGAGAGAGCAGCUCGGCUUGACAUUCUGGACACGGCCGGGCAGGAAGAGUUUGGGGCCAUGAGAGAACAAUACAUGAGGACAGGGGAGGGCUUCCUACUUGUCUUCUCUGUCACAGACCGGGGCAGCUUUGAGGAGAUCUACAAAUUCCAAAGACAGAUCCUGAGAGUGAAGGACCGGGACGAGUUUCCAAUGAUCCUUGUGGGCAAUAAGGCCGAUCUAGAGCUCCAGAGACAGGUGUCUCAAGACGAGGGUCAGCAGCUCGCUAGACAGCUCAAAGUCACGUACAUGGAGGCUUCAGCUAAAAUCCGUAUGAAUGUAGACCAGGCCUUCCAUGAGCUCGUCCGUGUCAUCAGAAAGUUCCAGGAGCAAGAGUGCCCACCAUCACCAGAGCCCACACAUAAAGAGAAGGACAAGAGGGGCUGCCACUGCGUGAUUUUCUGAUCGGCCUCCUACCAUCGCCACUCACCCAGCUGCUAUCACCGAUCCCCGCCCCAGCCACCCUGCCUUCUGACAUCAUUUCCUGCGUGGAUGAACGACUGCCUUUCCUACACAUGCAUGUCUUCAAAAAACAACACCAAACAAACAAAAAAGGAAGAAACGAAAAUGAGCAUAGCCUUAAUCAGAGGUCAGAGCCUCUGGGACUUCACUACUAGAACAACCAAACCUAACCAAACAAUGCUGACAUCAUAAAAUAGAGUGUAGUAAUCGUGUCCCAACACUAGGCUUAGAUUUGGAAGGCUUGCUAAACAUGAAUAACUUUUGUAUCUUAAAGGAGUUUAUUUUGUUGCUUCAUAGUGACAUUAUGAGGUUAUGAAGUGUCUACAAAUAUCCAGCCAUCACAGGAACGUGAAAGAAGGCUGUAUGCCACCUAGGUUCAGAGAGAUGGCUCGGCGUUAGACGAUCUAAAGCUUUUUAUUUGUCGUGUAUCAUAUUUGUCUUUACUCUUGUGCUAAUCAGCUACUGUACAUAACGAUUUAAAAAGCGUCCUUAUAAUGACAUGUUUGUCACACAGUGUAAAGCCGGCUGACAUAUUUCGAAGUAAUGUAAUGUACAUAGAUACGUAGCCUUAACGUUUUGCCAACUUUUACCACCCAAUCAGUUCUGCCGUGCUGCGUUUGGCUCAAUUCAAGACGCCGUGUUCUGUCAGUCCGUCCGGCUUCUAGUGAAGUUGUGAUUUUGAUUGUUUUUUUUAUGUGUUUGAAAUUGCUUUUUUUAAACUAAAAAUCUUUGUAUUUACUACAGAUUGGAAAA